AUGUCAAACUCAGAUUCCCCAUCGGAAAAGCACGGGUCGAAGAUAGCUCAUGGUGACAGCGAAGACGGUGACAAGGACCUCCCCACUACGAUUGCCAGCUUUGCCGGUAGUCAGGAAGGUGAUCUCGCGCCUUCUCUCGAACAAACGCCAGCGCGGACUGCAUGUGUAUAUGUGAAAUAUGAUGAUUACAUGGCUUCUUUGAACGAAGGCGCCUUAGUAGCUAGAUCAGUUGUGCGACAGUCUGAGUUCUUACGAGCUCAAUCUGUUGCGUCAGCUCUUCGUGCUUUAGGCUUAACGGUAAGUCUAAGUGACUCUGGUGUUAUUUACCUUCAUUUCCCUAAGGAUUCUGGUUGUGGAGCCGAAUUAUCAACUGUUGUUCAUACUCUUAAACCAACAGGAAAUCCUGAGACAGUAAUGAUGUCUUCGGGUCACUCAGUAGAAUCACUUGAGACUACUGAUGUGCUAGAUUCUGCUAUUCCAUUACCUCUUGAAGCUCAAAGGUUGUUAUCUCAAUUUGUUGAAGGAGUUGUAGUAGGGCAAAGGAGUGAAUUGCUUGUAUCAAGAAACAUUAUAACCGGUAAACUUCCUGCCACUGAAACAAGUUCACCAUCACCAAGAUUGCGUACUGGAGGUACUUUACGCAUUGGUACUCCAGUAGCAUCUUCAAUACCAUCUCGAGUAACACCAACAUCUCCAACCAUUCAAACAACAACAACAAUUCUAUCAACAACAAUUCAAACAACAAUAAUUUCAACUGUUCCACCAACAACAACACCAACACCAAUAACUCAAUCAUUCCCCGAUCCAAGUUCACCACAUCAUUCUUCCAGUUCUUCUUCUUCCAAAUCAUCUGAUUCAGCCGAAUACUUAAGUGAUUGUUUACCGAAAAGAAUUGCCACCAGUGGUUUAUCAACCAACACUCUUAUUGUUGCAUUCAUGCAUCGGUUGACAUCUAAAGAACCACAUCUCACUUCUCAUAAAAGAUCAAUCUUUCAAUCACUUCUAGCAUAUAUGUCAUUUCAAGAUUCGGAUGACUUAACCCCGCUUGUCAGAAACAUUUCACAUUAUUAUUCCACAACUUCAAGUUCUGAUGAGUCAAGUGAUCCUGAUCCAUUUCAACCAGAAGAUGCUAAUAAUGAUGAGUCUGAUUCAUCUGAUUCUGAUGAUCUUGAUAAUGCUCCAACAAGUGAAGCCAUUCCACAAUCUUAG